UGACAACCUAUAAAGUCAGGUUCCAAAUUCCUAUGCAGUGUGACUAAGUUAAAACAGAAUCUAGAAUCCUAAUUGGAAUAUUCUCUGAAAUUCUACGAUGCACUUCUACUCCAAUUUAACCUGCAGAUUUACCCAACAUUAUCUAGGUGUAGGGUGUAGGGACUUACAUCACUCCUCUUCAUUUCUAUGUAGGAGAAGAAAUGGCCAUAUUUCAGCAAUUAUGGGACAUAACUGAAGGCAUUUUAAAGAUUCUUGAAUUUCUGAAGUAGCCAGGCAAUUUUUUUUAAAGACAGUGAUUGGCAUUUCUCUGUAAAGAACUUUCUCUCCAUUUCUACUGUAUGGUUAUUCUGAACUGGGGUUAUUGAAAAGCUCGCAGCGUCUGGCCAGCUCUGAGAGUGACUUUGGGUUUCCAGGUCGGCGGAUCGGGGUGAAAAGUUUGGACCAUUUGCUGGAGAGAAGAGAAUGCCUGAAGACUUGGACGAAAACAUGGAUUACAGGCUGAUGUGGGAGGUUCGGGGGAGUAAGGGAGAAGUUCUCUACAUUUUGGACGCCACCAACCCGCGACACUCCAACUGGCUGCGCUUCGUUCACGAGGCACCAUCUCAGGAGCAGAAGAACCUGGCUGCCAUUCAAGAAGGAGAAAACAUUUUCUAUUUGGCAAUUGAAGAUAUAGAAACAGACACAGAGCUUCUGAUUGGCUACCUGGACAGCGACAUGGAGGCAGAGGAGGAAGAGCAGCAAAUCAUGACAGUGAUCCAAGAAGGCGAAGUGAGACCUUCUAAAGGACAAUGCUCAGCUAGCAGAAAAGAUUGCUUUGACUGCGAAGAGGACUAUGCCUGUCCUCAGUGUGAGUCGAGUUUUACCAGUGAGGAAAUCCUUUCUGAGCAUCUUCAGACACUGCACCAGAAACCCAGAGAGGAGAAAGAAUUUAAAUGCAAGAACUGUGGGAAGAAAUUCCCAGUAAAGCAGGCUUUGCAGAGACAUGUUCUUCAGUGUACAGCAAAAAGCCGAGGGAAGGAUUCUUCACGAAGUUUUCAGUGUUCUGUUUGCAGUUCAUCCUUCAAUUCAGCCUCAAGUUUUGAGCUGCACCAGGAGACCUGCCAGGGGGAUGCCAGGUUUGUGUGCAAGGCCGACAGCUGUGGGAAGAGGCUGAAGAGCAAGGAUGCCCUGAGACGACACCAGGAAAAUGUCCAUGCUGGCGAUCCUAAGAAAAAGCUCAUAUGUUCAGUGUGCAAUAAAAAGUGUUCUUCAGCAUCAAGUCUUCAGGAACAUAGAAAGAUUCAUGAAAUAUUUGAUUGUCAGGAAUGUAUGAAGAAAUUUAUUUCAGCUAAUCAACUAAAACGUCAUAUGAUCACGCACUCAGAGAAACGACCUUAUAAUUGUGAGAUUUGCAAUAAAUCUUUCAAGAGGCUCGAUCAAGUGGGAGCUCACAAAGUCAUCCACAGCGAGGAUAAACCUUACAAAUGCAAGCUUUGUGGAAAGGGCUUUGCCCACAGAAAUGUUUACAAGAAUCACAAGAAGACCCACUCUGAGGAGAGGCCGUUCCAGUGUGAGGAAUGUAAAGCUCUGUUCCGAACCCCGUUUUCUUUGCAGAGACACCUGCUCAUACAUAACAGUGAGAGGACUUUCAAGUGUCACCACUGUGAUGCUACCUUUAAAAGGAAGGACACCUUGAAUGUGCACGUCCAAGUGGUCCACGAACGACACAAGAAAUACAGAUGCGAGCUCUGCAAUAAGGCCUUCGUCACGCCUUCGGUGCUCAGAAGUCACAAGAAAACACAUACGGGAGAAAAGGAGAAAAUUUGCCCGUAUUGUGGCCAGAAAUUCGCCAGCAGUGGGACGCUGAGAGUUCACAUCCGCAGCCACACAGGUGAGCGGCCUUAUCAGUGUCCUUACUGUGAAAAAGGAUUCAGCAAAAAUGAUGGCUUGAAGAUGCAUAUUCGCACGCACACCAGGGAGAAGCCCUACAAGUGCUCCGAGUGCAGCAAGGCCUUCAGCCAGAAGCGCGGCCUGGACGAGCACAAGCGGACACACACCGGAGAAAAGCCUUUUCAGUGUGACCUCACUGUGAGGACUGCAGUUAGGUGGAGAUGCAGCUUAACAUGGGAACUGCUUUUAAGUAAAGGAAUCCUGUACCUGAGGCUUAACGCAGUAGUCAACAGUACUCAGCAGGCUCAAGGAAGCAGCACAGGAAGAACUCGCGCCCACCUCCUCCCAGACACACCAAAAUCUACAGCUAAAUACCAGCCUGCAGGAGUUGCCCUGAAAUGUGGACGAAUUUGGCUUCCACAGCAAAGGUCAAGGCAGCACCCAGACUGAGGCAAGAAAGGGGCACUCAGCAGAGGUGCUAGGGCAGCGAGGUGCAGUCAGCAAGAGUUCUCUCGGGCCCAGAACUUUUUCCUGGGGAGGGUUAUGCCCUAUACCCCAACCCUUUUGAUCAGCACAGUGAACAUGAGCCCCAACCCCGACUGAUGGUGAGAGGCAAAGCAGCGAUGGAAGCUCAAGGUAUGUAGACUGAGAACUAGCCCUCAGGGUCCAGGGUGGCACCACUGCUAGGCAGACUCUGACCACCUCGCUCACAACAGCACGGGUGGGCACCAUUGUCAUAUCCACCCUGCACACUAGCCUCCUGAGGCAAACCCCUCAAGUGAGCUCCACCUACCUUGGCAGAGUAACUCAAGUCAGCUGAGAGCCAAGUGACAGCUAGCGAUGGGGUUCACCCCUAGCCAACAAGCAGCCCUAUCUGCCUUCUAGAGCUGGGCCACACCCCUCCAUCCAACAGGCCACCCCCAAACACCUCCAGCAGCCUGCACUACCAGCACUAGUAGUGCAGUGGGCUGUGUCCUGCCAGCGCCCAGCUGUCACAGGUGUCACCAAGAAAGGCGGCGUAGCCAGCUAGUAAUUGGCACCAUCUCAUAGCGUGUGCCGGCCGCUUGCCCCUACUAAGCGCGCCACACCCACCAGCACAGUAGGCGCUGCCCUUGCAGCAGCCCCGCUGCGCACCACCCUGGGCUUGGUGGACACGCUUCUGCAAGCCACUUCCACUUUCUUUUUCAUAUUAUUCAAUGUGGCAUUUUACAACGAAUGUGCUUUGCAAGAGUUAACGUAAAUAGAAUUGUGAUUCACACCCCACUUUGAGGUUUUGGUAUUAAUAUUUGCUUACUGGAAUUCCAUUUUAUUUCCUUUUAUGAUCCGACUAAUUAUGUCUCCCAUUUUGUCUAUUCAUUUGACAUUUUUAAUUAUUGGACUGUUGAACGUAUGUUGAGCCUGGCUGCAGUAUGGUGGAGCUUUCAUGAUAUAAACUUGUUCAUUCCUUAUUAAGCGAGGAUGUAUAAGAAGUAAGCAGUUGUAAUAAGGGGCAAGACCUUUUUCUUCACAAUGGGACUAAAUGGAAAGGACUCCCGGUGACUUAAGUUUUCUGCCACUCAUGCCUUCAAGGGGAGAAAUCUACACCCACAGGCAUUUUGUUCAAGAGAUUUAAUAUGAAAUUGUCAAAGUCCAGGUGAGAAUGAUGUUUCCAGAGGUUGCUACUCUAGGGGGAGUUCACGACAGCAGGUGGGGGUGCGGAGUGAUACACAUUAAAUGGCCCUAACUCUAGGGAGCUAUUACUAAUCUGCUUUUUUUUUACCCUUCAGUUUGGUUGUUGCAUGUGCAUUUAUGUCGCAAGCAAACUUGUGUUAUUCCUGUCAGCACGUACUUGAUAACAGGAUUCUGCAUGAUGGGUUUGUGUAAAUGGUAAAUGGGUGUAUCUUCAGGUUUUUCAGUGCAAUACUGGGUUCUCCGGGUCUC